AUGUAUUCAUAUAUUAGAUAUCCGGGCAUUGAUUAUGGUAUUAAUAAAGUCAUUGUUCACGAAAACAAUUCAGCUGUCAAUGACUUAGCACUGAUUAAUGUGAAAAUACCGAUGAAUUUCAGUGCAAACAAUGGUUACUAUUAUCGGCAGAUAAACGGUAUUUGUUUGCCGACUAUCGAUCACAACAACACUGACUACGAGUACGCCGUAAUCGCCGGUUUUGGUCGGACUGAAGGAAAUGGUUUGAAAUCUGAGUUACAAAUUGGUUGGCUUCGCAUCAAUCCUAUGGACACCCAAAACAAUGAUCCAAACCUGAUAUAUGCCGUCACAUAUCUGAAACAGUCUAACGGUUCCCUAAUUUGUUAUGGUGAUACCGGUGGUCCACUGAUACAGUAUGUUAGGGGUAGGGCUGUCCUCAUAGGUGUUGCUGUUGAUUGGUGGAGUCAAUUGGGAAUAUUAUGUGAAGAUUACGAACCGAUGCGCAUGUAUUUCAUAAGAGUUGCCACAAAAAUCAAUUGGAUUAUCGAUAAAAUUAGAAAAAAUACAAUUUAA